AUGUUGGAGAAACGGCUCUCCGUCUUGCUUGCUACGUAUUUGAACAACUUUGUUUGUGAUCUGAAUGAAGAGCAACUGCAAAUAUCACUCUGGUCGGGUGAAGUGGUCCUUCGGCAUAUUCAGCUACGUGCUAAUAUCCUGGACCAACUCACCCAUUUCCUCCUCCCCAAUGGGGAAGAAAGUCUUGACGGCAUGAAUAAUCAGGGCACAGAUGGUGGUAGCGGAGCGUUUCCUGUACCCUUUCGAAUAUUAAAAGGCACAGUGAGCGAGUUAAUUAUUACAAUUCCAUGGACUUCUCUGGAGGCGGAACCAGUUAUGGUGGAAGCGCGUGCGGUGGAAAUUGUUGUCACACCUUUACGCAGUGCACCUUAUGACGCGGAGGAGGAAAAGGCUCGAGCACGGAAAGUGAAAGUAGGCCAACUGAAGGCAUUUGAGAAGAUGAGGACGGGGAAGAGUUGCCCUCCCUCUGAAAGAAUACCGGAGGGACCUCUGAAAUUUCUUACUUCUGGUGGGUUCGUUGGGUUUGAGGGAUACAUGGAACAACUAACCGAAACUAUUAAGCAAAAUAUUUGCAUUGCAUUGCACAAUGUACGCAUCAAGUACGUUUUCGACUACGAGGGGCUUGCACACCGCUUCACCAGUGCCCUCAGUGUGGUUAUGGAGAAGGUACGAAUCAAUACCACCAACACCUCUUGGAGUGAAUGUUUUGUUAUUGAUCCGGCAGAGCCUUGCUGCAAAAAAGUUGUCAUGAGUGGUGUUCGGCUUUCCCUCCACGCGUUUAAGCACUGUGGGCCCACUGACAGCGAGGGCUUCCAACACGAAGAAAACGACACAUCAUGGGGAUGGUCGGAAAAUAUGGAGAUUUUAAAGGUGGACGAACUUGCCUUCAAUAUUCUCGUUAUGAAGGGAGGAAACUGCCCCGCUACCCCAAAUCGACCAGGGGAGAGGAAAGUGGAGGUGUCCGUAACGGCAUCGAGCAUGAUUACCAUCCGUGGUUGUUUUGGGGCUUUAAGAACGUUAGCCAUAAUAAGGGACUCGUGCCGAUACGGAUUCCAGUCCUUGAAGUACAGAAAGAAUCUUCAUUUGCUUUGCGAUGAUGGUAAAGAAAACGUUAAGGGCGUGACGUUGGCCCGUCGUCGGUGGUGGUUUGCGAUCCGUUGUAUUCUUGAUGAUAUCUGCCCCGCACCGCUUGCUGCAGGGGGACGGAGUCGCUUCAUUAAAAAAAUUACGCAAUUGUGUGCAUUACGGAGGGAAUACUGUUCACUAUGGAAGCGAGCGCAAGGCGUUGCCUGGCUGCCUCACCUUACAAUGGAGGAGGAGAGCCGAAUGAACGCGGUGGAGGAGCUGUUACACACCCAACAGAUUAUAUUUUUUCGGUGCCUGACAUACGCUGAACUGCGGAGAGAGAAGCGGUCUAUGUCCCAGCAGAAACGCUAUAUUGAAGAUGCCAUGAGGCGAAACCAGCCAUAUGUUGGUGGGGCUGAUUCGGAAGCGGUUUCUGCUGCAGCGAUGACCGAUACAUCUGCCUUCACAGGAGGUGGGGAUAGCAGUGGUAAUACUGUAAGCAACAGUUCCUGGUUAACGCAAUGGUGGUUUGCUUCCCCCAAUACUAACAGGGGUACCUAUUUGGUGAAGAGUGCGGACGAUACUUCCUCAGCAGUUAAAUGCUUUGAUGACGACUUUGAAGAGGAAUGGGUAAUUGGUCGACGGUUUUUGUCAUCUCUACAGAUGCGACGCACCGAGGGGUUAGCGGGGUCACCGUCUUGGGAAAGCAGGGAUUCCGGUGGACUUAUCAGCGUUCUGUCUCUCAGCUUUCCAUCGAUUGAGGCAGCUUUUUAUCCGCAGGUAUGGAGCAGCGGUGUCAGCGCGCCGAAACCGCUUCAAUUGUACGUAGACCAUCUUCAGCAACACCUCUUUGGGCGCCUGACGUCUUUAUGUUGCUCCUACACGAAUACCCCUUCACCAUGCGAAAGCCGAAAUGGACUGUUACUGACGGUUGAUAAGGCAACUGUAAGUAUAUGUGGCCCCAUUUCCACUCCAUUAUUUGAGUAUGACGACACGUAUUCAUGUGGUACAGGCAGGAGGACUGAGAAUUGUGGCAGAUGCAGUAAUGCCAUGCGUAAGUCGUGGUUGACAGUUACGAUCAAUGAAACACGGUCGAGAAUGAGUGUCGCGGUGGCAUUCACUCGGGUUGUUGCCCAACCUUGGCAUGAGUGGAGAUGGUGGUGCGACGCGAUAAAAGCCUUCGGUGGUGCAUUACUCGAAUCCACCAACCGAAGCUGCAACCCUUCCAAAUGCCAAACGGCCAAAACAUUUUCCGCAAUUGAUAUUUGUGUGGACGGAGUUAUCGUUUCUGUUCCUCUGGCAUCUGCCUGGUCGUGUCAACGCAACCUCACUUUGUGUGUCAACAACAUUUACCUUUCCAAACUUGGACGAGAGCCGCAGGUGUCGUGGAAGCUUGUUUCUGGUGUUGAAACUCCAAUCAGUAUCCGAUGCACAGGUACUUCAAGCGUACUAACUUUGUGGGAUGUUGUAGUAGUCGUCACAUUUGAGAAGGGUGUGCCUCUUUUUGGAACCCUGCGGGCCGAAUUGACUGUCGAGCCACUGUUUUUUGCCAUUAUUUCUGAUCAUCUAAGCAACUUGUCGCUUCUUGACAGAGACACACUGCAGGCUCUCCUGCAGCACAUCACUGAAAACGGUAGCGAAUGGCGCCUUGAAUCCGAUACGGUUCUGUCUGUCGGGAACAGUACAUUUACAUUUCCAGCAUCUCAGUGUCGUAACUACCUUGCCGUUUUGUACAAGUACGCGUGCGACAGUGCGAAGUGGGCGGCGCAGGCACUUAAAAGCACCAAUGAACAGGUGCCGCAUGGAGAAGUAAGUGUGGGAGCGGUUCCUACGCAGCGGGAUAUGCUUUUUAUGGAAGGUGUUGAACUGGUGAUAUACUCUGGGAGAGUAAUUGUGCAAGAUAUCGCUGGUAAAGAUGUUGGGUAUAUUGAUCUACCGCACUGCAUGGAUGGAGGUGAACACCAUCCUUCGGUGUCUUCACUAACGUUUGAAGGUAGUCGUGCGCUUAGAGUGGAGACAAGCAUCUCGGAGGGUGGUAAACAUAUGGUCGCUGCGGUGCGGUCACCAGAACUACAUGUUUGUUCGCCCUGUGGGCAGUACAUGCUUGUGCUCGAGAAUUUCACUGCGAAGUACGUCCCGUAUGCAGCUUCACUUUCCCUCACAGCGGUUGCAGCGCAGGUUGUAAUAUGUAGUUCUCUGGUUUGCUGCGUGGAGGUGCUACUGGGUGCCUACGCCUCCCUUUGGCGACAGUCGUUAUCAGCGUCAGAUUUAGCCGCUCGCUUUUUUGGUGGUGUUGCUCGGGCUGUGGAAAGGGAUGGUGCUCUCCCCAAUGACACUGAAACGUCGACCAAGACCUCUUCCGUGAAAAGUGUUUUUAGUAAUCAGGUAGUCGAUGUCGACAUUGGGCGGCUAGACGUCCGGUUCUGCUCGGAGGAAGCAGAUGGGAUUAUUUUGGUAUCUGUAAAUGAUUUGGUGUUGCAGAGAAGCGUCGGGACUGAGGGUGACACAACAAAGGUGACAAAAGUGAAGGCUUAUGGAGCUCUAGCAGGUAUCGAGUACAUGGCGGUCGGAGGAGAAACGAUGGGACCAUUUGUGUUAUUUUCCUCAGUUAAAAAUAUAUCCACUCGCGGCAGUUCGUCCUGUAGCACCUUUAAAUUUUGUUCGUCCGGUGUAUCAGAAGAGGAUACAACACGAACGCACGUGAGUUUUGACAUCAUAGGCGGUUGUGUCCACAUAUUUUAUGAAUAUUGGGUGCGGCUUCUUUCAAUUUAUUGGACGCCAAGCGUUAUGGAGAUGUUUUCUGUGUUUGACUCACAUUACAGCAAACAAGGCUUUUUACUUGCAUCGUGUGAAAAGGUUGCUCCCGCAAAGAGAGAGGACAGGAGGGUUGGGAAAAGUUUUUUUAGCGCCCGUAGUGAGAUCAGCGGCAUUAGUGUUUUUGUCGCCACUGAUGCAACUCAAAGGAUCGACUUCCUGAAAGAUGAUACAUUCAUUACCCUCGAUAUCGAGCGUAUUACCCUCAUAUACAACGACAUGAUGAAAGAUACCGCGGGCAACAUACUUUCCCGACAACCCUUCAGACUAACUGCAGAACUUCAGCAGAUGCGGCACCUAUUCACAGGAAGUGGGUCGCAGUCCGUGAUGGUGCCCUUCAUCUCUCGUGCCUCGGCGGUAAUUAAUAGUCAGAUGCGCCUGGUGCCUGGUGCUGAUAAAGAACAUUACGUGCAUGUUGGCGGUGGGAGUAACGACCUCGCAAUACUAUUGAACAUUGAUCCCUCUGCCUUUGAAAGCGCUCCAGACAUGGUCGAUGUUGAACAUGGUGCAGGCGGUGUUAGUGUCGGUAAUAGUCCCACCAGGGGUGCAAUUCAGUGUUUGAAGCUAACGCCACGAAUGCUAGCGUCUUUCAUCCGUUCAUUUCUUUUUAACUUCUGUGAGGUUUGCAGUACGCCGAAAUGUCCCCACAGUGCGCCUCCAGAUGCUGGUGGAUCGGCGCCGAAGAUGGCUACCUACGUUCUCUCAACAGUCUCGCCGCUUCGAUGUACGCUUAUCGAAAAAGGUGAGGAUGAUGAAGAAGCUAUACUGGAAAUUAAUACACAUAUGCAGUUGUACUCGACCAACGGCACAGCGGGGGGUGAGCCCUCAACCGUAAUUCGCUUUGAUGCCCUUUCCAUUGAUGACGCAACCCCCAGUCGUCGCGUUCUUCUUCCUGGUGUGCCUCACUGGCAACAACAGCAGGUAAUUCAUCAGACUACUAAAGGCCACAGAAGGAGACUGAUUGAGCUAGGAAAAAGCUCCAUCUCCAGGGUGACGCGAAAACAGCGGGGGCCACUCAGCGAGGUUAUCGUUGAUUGCGUCUUCGACAACAUAACAGUAUUUGCUGCACGCCACUCGUGCCUCGCGCUGCUAAGGUUUGUCGUUGCUUGUCGCACCUGGUUGGCCGAGUGGGGAAGGACCAAACGCGCAACACACCUUUAUCGCGAGGGGAACAAUGUCGUCCCUCCGGCUACCACAUCGGUGCUUAAUGUUUUACUUCGCAGGUGCGCAGUGCAUCUCGAAGAACCGUCCGGGGAACCGCUCGUGGUAUUUCAUAUACCAUCAUUGUCAGGAACACUCAACGUUGGUCCACUCGAAAGAAAAUUCAAAGUUGCAUUAGAUGAGAGCGCCUCCGUUUGGUCGUACGGGGAGGCCACGGAUGCCGUGCGUGUCACACAGGAUUCCGUGCAACUCAAUACGGGGAGGUAUUCCGUACCUGCUCUCGCACAAGUUGGUGCAGUUUGCUUGACGGUGAUUGAGCCGUUUGGGGGAACUGAAGGAGCAUGCAGUUCCGAUUUGGUCAGCAAGGAGGAAACCCAUAUCCAUUACAUCCGCACCAUAGAACUUUCGGCUCAAUCUGUUUGUUUGAAUGUUGACAGCACUACUUUGAUUCGUUUACUUCACUUCGGGGUGAACGAGUCCUCUGCGUACGUGUCCAUUGUAUUUCCCAAUGACAAGAGCGGUAACAGCACUUGUGAGGCAGGACCGGGCGCGAUUAUAUCCGAGCUAUUGCUAUCCAGGAUUACUGUCGUUGUAAGGGAUGCUCUGUUCUACCCGAAAACUGAUUAUGAAGUGAAAAGAGUCCAAGUCGAGCGCCUUGAUGUGUCCUCAGGGUUUACAGUUAAGGAAGUUACCGAGAACAAUUCGGGUAAGGAUGGGCCCAUGCAUCACUUCACUGCUGUGUACACGGCGAAGAUAACGGGAGCAGCUGUUGGUUUCUCGCAACUUCCCUCUUUGUCAUUCCCAAAUGUGGAGGCACAGGCUGAAAUUCCUAUUGCUGGGGCAUUACACGCCAGGCGGGUCUGGGACACUACUGCGACUUCGGAUAACGAUGAGGGUGAACCAAUGGCGUUUACUUCGGGUACAUCUUCGGCCACGGCGGCACCGCCGUCGAUGGGGCGACUGAUUCGAAUUGGCGCAGAUCAGAAUGUUUCUUUCGUUAUUUCCAUUUCCCAUAUAAGGGAACUUCAUCGCACACUGCGGGCGCUUGCGUCAUCACCUUUUUUUUCGGGUGGGUUCUCGCCACUGUCGGCGGUCGGCACUACACCGGUCUGCUACUCAACAAAGGUAGCACGAGACACGCAUUCAACGGGAGCGUUCUUCUCAGUGCUUAUAUAUCUCCCCUCUUUUUCCGUUUCCUUAACGGGGGACGACGCAGUGGGAAGAUCGGUAACCGACAUCACGGCUAGUGAGGCAGAGUCAAAAAGCAUCACCACACUUAUGGUUGCUAAGGUCGAUGGCGUUUUGGCUUUAGCCUCUGUUGCUUUGCCCGGUGAAGGGAAACCGUUCAAGGGAGGACUUACGUUCCACGGAUCAUUUGAGCUCUCGGAUGGUGAUGGUAACGUUAUUGUCCACUGGCAGCCGGCGACAGGAUACAGUGAGGUGUUGCGACCGCUUAGCGCUACGCAGCGCUGGCCAAACUCUUUUCCGAGUGACGUUGGGCUGCAGCUGGACAUCAUGAAUUCUGUGUCGGAGCAGCAGGUUAGGCUACAGAUACGCAGUUUCGUGGUCGCGCUCAAUUCACAUACCGUCGACUUCCUAUCGUGGAUUCACUGCAUUAUUGACCCCAUGAAGUAUAACGGGCCACGUGGCAACUGUAGUGGGGAGGGCGCUGGGUUUGAUGGCCUGAGGAAUGAUGUAACCCCUAUGAAAGAACUUUCGCCAGCUUCUUUUGAGUGCUCUUCCUAUCGCGGAAAGCAAACCAUAGUGAAGGUUUGCAUUAAAGGACUCUCCCUCCAACUGGAGCAGGUGGCAUUGCUGAACUGUUCUGAGGUGAGAGGCAAAUUUGGUUGGGGGACAGCCCUCAACAGUAGCAGCUCCCAUUCUAUUCCGUAUGAAUUCAGCGUUCGACAUGUGUCAGUGGUGCGGGUCAAGGACCAGCUAGCAUUUUUUGAAGUUGCCGAAUCGCAGGUAAGAGUCGCGGGAGCGGAAGAGGUGAGUGUUGCUGCUAGAGGUAUAAUACUGAAUAACUACAACGUCACAUUCUACAUCUGCUUAUGGGCUCGCAUGAAUGAUCUGUGGGGUGAUGCGGGUCGGAAACUACAUUUUCCUACGAAGGGAGUGCGGACGCCCGUGAGGUCUAUUGAUGUCACAAUUGAAAAGGUCAAUGUCCGUCUUUUCCCUCUUGCAAAUGAUUCGGCGUUGUGCUCGAAUAAUGGUAGUGUGGAUCUGCUGUUUCCAGCUGUGGAGGUGAAGAACACCGCGGAUAGGGCAAAGGAUUGCUUAAUGGUGAAGAUUGAAAGGGCUUCUCUGUGCUACAAAUCCCCAUCGGCGUUGUUUUCGCCUCUCGCUGAGAACGUCUCAUUUGUGUUCUCUCUAGAAAAAAAUCUCCUUGAGUUGUCACGUCACGUGUCUAUGCGUUUUGGGAAUAUUGAACUGUCUGCGCCGCUGGGUGAUGUGCUGGAGUCUUGUUCGAUGUCGGUGCUGCAGGCGACCCUCCCUCUGAUGGGGAUAUUACCCUUUAUGCAUAACAAUGAACCGACAUGGACGCAUACAGGGGAAUCGGCCACUACAAAAACCUUCAGUAGCGACACGGUCCUUUUUUAUAUCUCGUUUUUGUCGGUUAAGUUGUAUGCACCGCAGUCAGGUGGGGAAUUUGUGGGUUGGCGGCAUCAUGUGCUGUUCGGUGUGGAGCUCCAUCAAUUAUCGUUUGAGCGGGAGCGAACUGUCCAGCGAGAACGUGUGGUUGCACGUGUCUUAUCCAUCACCAGCGCCGCUGACUCAGCCAUUCAAAGUGAGUUUAUCACCGCGAUAGCUCCUGAAAACGCCGAAGAUUCUUCGAUGAAACGGGCAAUUUACAUUCGCAGAGACGUUUGCAUCGAUUACUCGGAGACAUGUCGCGAAGCAUCUGUUUCACCCAAUUUGGACAGUGAAUGUAUGAGACCCUGUGGGAAACUUGGGACAAAAGUGGUAAGCUACGUCGCACGAUUGCAUGCCCUAAGGUUGGUUGUUUCACCGAAGUUAUGCAACGCUAUAAGUGACCACGUCUUGCGACCCAUAUCUGUAGCAGCUCAUCGGACGCUACAAACUGCAGUGCACUGGUUUUCAUCAUGCCAGAUCGCGGACAGAAGUGCUUUCCAGUGCUUCUGCGGGAUCGAUGGCAGCCCCUCAGUUGCCUUAGGGGGUUGUGGUCGGUUGAUUACCAUUUCCGGCGACGUUUGUUUGUGUAAAGACCUUUUGCUGGGCGGGAAGAGUGGGUUCCGUCUCCGCUUUGUGAAGGGUUCGGCUCAGGGUAACCCGAUAAACACAAUCUUUGUGAGGUGUAUCGGCUCCGCAAAGGUAAUCCUUGCCCCGACUAGCACCCGCCACCAUUUGUUAGAAUCACUUAUACUUGUGGAUUCGAGACUUACCGUGGUGUUUCAAGAUGUUCCAUUCAUUGUAAAUCACGGGAAGGUGGCGGAUUAUGUGGUUCUUGGGGAGGGAUCUUUUUGUGUUGUACCUGAUGGAAUACCAUCCUCUUCACACAGCACGGCACAUACGAGUAUAUUUCCUCCCUCGUUGUUGCCUUUGAACGAACUUGGAUGGUGCAAUGUCAAGGUCAGUUUCGACGUUUUGUGUGGAGUUACGCUUUUACUGUGUUCCAACAACGAAACUGUGACCGUGUUUGGACGCACGAGUGCUCGAUACGAGGUUGAGAAAAAAUGUUAUGAGGGCGCUUCCAGUAUCGUGGAAUACGUAGGGGAGAGCGGUUCCGUAAAACUUUCGCCUGUUUCAGUACGGUAUGGCAACUCCCUGACUGCCGUCGAUGAACCCUCGGAAUUAAUCAUCGACAUCCAGUACCACAGAGGCGAUAGGGCGCGUGGAGGCAUCAGUACCACGCAGGUAAAUAUGAUAGUCCCCCCCGUGUGUUCUACAGUUCCAUUGAGAUACCUUUUGCUAAUGGGAAACAUCGCUAACUUGUUGAGAAAAGCAUUUCGCGAAAUAUGUUCAAUCCGGCAACUGGUUAAGAGUUGUGACCCACGCUGUGCUCCUUAUUCCUCUGAAGCGCUUGGCCUGGAAUGCACAGGGUUGAGCCGAACGUUAGGCCAGGACGUAAUUGCCCAUCAACCCGUUUUUCAGACAUCGUUCUCACCGGCGGGCAUUGGUGGCCUGGAGUCGUGGUUUGAGUUUGGUUUGGUGGCUCCUCAUGUUGAGUUUGUUAUAACGGAUGAUUUCACGAGGGAAAAAUUUGUACUUGCCUUGACGGGUACAUGUAUACGCGGGAGGGCUACACGAAACCUCUCCCGUGGUAGUUGCAAGGGAUAUGCUGCACUCCACGUGACGAGUUGCCAACCUAAUCAACCGCCUUGCAACGUUGUCUCACUUUCACCGGAAUUUACUGUGGAGUACACGCAGCAUGCUGGUGACGGGUACUCACUCCAGGGUUUGUUGAUGUUACAGUCAGUCAGCAUAACACUUCCUCUUAUCACGCUUGCCCGCUUGACGCGUCCCUCGCCUAGUCGGUGGUGGGUUGGUGUGCCGGGUUUCUGCAACAACACAGGUGUUCCUCUUACCUUAGUCACUGUUCUUGGACCUCAUAAUUCUCAAAACAAGGGUAACGUUUUCAGUGAAUUCCAUGCGCUGCCGAACGGUAAACUUAUGCAGCUUUCGGAUCCUCAGCGCACGUUCACCAGCUUUCGGAUAGUAUGUGGAUUUGUUGAUGGUUCUGACCGGUGCUGCAGUGCUUUGCAAGAUGCUAAAGUUGAUGUGGACAUUUUAACCCUUCGCCGUGUCACAACGCAUCGAAUUCCAUUCACUGAUGGUUUCGCUGGACUGUUGGACAUCGUGCUGCGGUACGAUGAGGUUAACGAUGUGGUAAAUAUCACUACCCCUGUCACAGUUCGAAAUGAACUUACAGACCACUUAGUGUCUGUGCCCGAUGCCUCGUGUUCCCCCCUCGUGGUUCCUCCGAAGGAGACACGGUAUAUGACCUUUACAUGUUUAAGGCAACCGCUGUCAUUGUUGGUUGGCGAGGAGUGGCGUUUUGAUCAGCAGGACGAAUUCAUUACACUGGAGUUGCUCAUUAGUGCGUUCGUUCUUCUGUCUUCUGGAGAACAUGAAGAACUGCCUCUGAGAGGUGGUUUGGGCACAAGUACAGCGAAUUCCCAGGAGGUUGGGCAAAAAGUUCGUUGUCGUGAUACUGCCUUCCAGUGCAGUGGUGCAGACUAUGCACGGCGUGGGCACAUGAGGGGAAACGAUGUACUUGUGCUUCCCCUGUGGCUCACAGGGGCUCGUGGUCCCGAGGGGGAUCAAGCGGGAUGCGAAUACGAGACAUUUGGUGUCCUCUUUUCGCUUAGGCGAAAGGCUUUCCCCGUCGAAGACCCAACGAAGUCUCGUCUUAUGCAGCGUUGUGACGUAGAGCUCUGUAUCCGGCCAAUGAUAACGGUACUGAACAACACUGGUGGGACAUUGGCUGUCGUCAUUUCAACAAGGGGAAACGAAUUCACCCCCCUGGACGAGCCACGUUUUGUUCAGUGUGGAGAAGAGUAUAACAAUUUUACGCGACCUUCUUCUGGUGAGGGGUAUUCCGUGAGUUUGUCAUGCCAACUGCCAAAUGGUGUGCGGUUGACUUCGUCGAAACCAACUCCCCUAAAUUUCUCUGAAAGGGCAACAGUUGGAAUGAAAGUUUGUACCGUUGAUGGUGAUGAAACACCAGUAGUGGGACUGGUAAUGGAGCGUGUCGAGCCCGACAAGUUUGUCGUGCGUGUACCUGCAGUGCUCGUGAAUAUGCUGCCUUUUCCCAUUAGGGUUGCAGAUAAGUUUGGCACACCGUUAUUGGGUGAAGGAGAGGGUAAGUAUCUUGCCCCAAAGCGUGAGUUUCCCAUCCUAAUGCCACUAAUGGAGGGAAAAGAGAUUGCCCAAUCUCCCGAAGCACCUGUGUUAAUUCGUGUUAUGAUUGGGAGUUCGACGCCAGACACUUCUGGGUUGUUUGCAUGCAAUGAUCCAAUGAGUUCAGAAUGUAUUCGCGUUGCGGAUGGCGAGAAGGUGCACCUCUUUAGGGCCCGUCGCUGUAAAGAGGUGACAAACAACAUGCAGGUUGCGCCGCGGGUUUGCUUAGAGCCAAUGUGGAUAUUAAGAAAUCAGAACCGUGCGCUCUCCCUUGCCGUGCGAUGUUUGGGUUUAGACACUAUCGUGGUAAUACCACCCCAAUCAAGCGUGGAGUGGACAACGUUUGCCGCAGCUUCCGCUACUGACCCACUCGUGCAAGUUUGCUAUGUCCAUAAGGAGGUGGGUGACCUCUUCGUUUGGUCAAACAAAGUGAGGCUUUUAACGCUGUCGACUUUGAAUGUGCCUAUUGUAAUGAAGCAUUACGUUUCGACGGGAAGCACUGAUGGGAGGGAUCCAGCGUUCCGGAACCUAUUAAAUUCAAUGGGCGUCAUAACACUCCGCUCAUUACGUGUUCCGCCACUUUAUGGAGAUGAUCCCAUUCCAGAGAAUUUUGCUUGUCUUUCUAUUGUGCCGAACAAGCGGAGGUCACGCUUCUUAGUUGACUUUGACCUGGAUGGGGGUACGCAUAUCGUUGUUGAAAACCGCACAAACCGUCUUCUGAUUUACGAAGAGAUGCCACACUCUUUGUCGGGCGUCUCAAAGGCCGAGCGUUCAUACAUUGUGCAACCCUUCACCGACAGUGUGACUUGCUUUGAGAGUGACGACGCGAAUGCUGCCAUACGCUUGACGUUGCAUGGCGACUAUGGGUACUCUCAGACUUGCACGAUAAACCUCGACGAAGUCGCAACUGCGUGUGAGGGAGUAAAGGUGGCACCGGAUAUGUUUGUGCUCUGCACCCUUGACUGCGGGCAGCAGAAGUAUCACAUUUCUGUAACAGGCGACCGCUCUCUUGAAAGUGCCCUUGUAUUUAGGCCACAACGUAUCCUGCAUUUGGAAGUGCUUGUCCACACGGUGUCGCUCUACGUUGCCUCCAAAUGCGUUCCGAAAACAGUUCAUUCGCUGCUAGACACGCCCUUGGCCCCGUUUGUGACUCAAAACAAAUUCCAUUUUGUGCCCACAACGAACUCUAGCUUUACGGACGCACAAGCACUGUCUUAUAUCCAGUGCCGUGAAUUGGAUUUGAUCCUUAUGGAAGCGACUGGAAUAUACUGUACGGCAUCGCUCAAUCAAAGGCAUUGCUUCGGUCGGAUGGAUGUUGGUCGUGUGGCUGUCGUGGACUGCACCACACCAGAACCAGUUCACCCUGUUGUUGUACUAAUCAAUACCGUCGACGCGGUUGGUGCCGUUUCAGGCAAUAUACUGAAGAAACCCUGUCUUUCUCUACAAUUGCAUGUUCUUGUACCUGAACGGCGCGCCGCCAUUGAUAUGACCUCAAAUAAGAAGAAGGUGAAAACCAUCCGGAUAAGGAGCGUCUCUGUUAAGGUCGCGCCCGUUACCGUAAAGGUGUCGGACACGUUCUUGUUUCUGCUCCAGCAGGCGGCUUGUUGCUUGGAGAGCGAGCAGUGUCAGAUGAAAAGUACGGAGGAAAGUUAUGUGACUGGUUCGAAUGUUUGCAAACCAAGCACGAAGGAUGAAUUAUCUACCACGGAGCUGCGCGAACGUGGUGCUGUUAAUAACUAUCACAUUGCAACGUUAGAGGUAUCACCAGUUGAGUUGGAGUUUACCAUUACUCGGCGCAAGGAUGGCUUGUACGAUCCGUUCGCGGGUUUAUUUUCCAUAAGCCGUUUCAUACCUUCGGUAGAGCGCGCCCCUUUGAGUAUAAACGGUAUAAGUAUGGAAGAUAUAAACCAGCGAAGUAACUCGGUAGGCUGCGCGCUGUUGGAAGCACUGUGGCCGCUAUAUCGCAACCAACUUGCCCUGCAGUUUCCUAGGAUUGUUGGUUCCAUGGAAGUUCUCGGAAAUCCUAUUGCACUGUUGAGUGGGUGGAAGAGAGGUGUCCGAUCCCUUCUACUUGGGACAGCAGAAAUGAAUAUGCUUAAGGGGUUGCGUGACUUCCUGUGUACGACGACAUCCUCCACUUUGCACUCCGUUGGGUUAAUUUCCCAUGCCGGCAGUCGCACUGCGGCGAACUUCUCGUGGGACAACGAGUGGCUUGAGCAAGUGAGUGAAGGGCAUCACCGCGUAGGUGACCCUGCGAAGAAGGGAGGAGUGCUGUGGGGUAUGGGGCAGGGCUUACGUGAUGGCAUUGCGGGCGUUUUCUCACGUCCGCUCAACGGCGUGCGAACCUCAGGCUUGACAGGUUUCGUUACUGGCGUUGCCACCGGAGCUGUGGGACUCAUCACUCGACCGGUUGCAGGUAUACUUGGGGGCGUAGGAAACACUGCUGAGUUCUAUGCUAAGGUUCUACAGGAACCUGACGCAACACCUAAUAUUCAUCCUCACUACUUGGAAAGCGGGCGCAACUUCAAAAAGACAGCCGUCCGCGAAAACACGGCGGGUGGCACACUUCCCGAUGUGGACAGUGCCACAUUUUCUAACGAUGCGCUUCCAUAUAUUGUUGGUGGCGAGAAGUCGGAAGUAACAUGUGGUUUCCUGGAAGCUGCGUCGUGCGAGAGCGAUGCAAACGUGCGAUGCAACGCAGUUGAACGUGUGGUUGGUUCAAGUGAUAUGCACCGAGAGGUUUGCAAUGACUCCGUUACUUGCGUGGAUGAUUUUGUAUCCUAUGGCGCGUACGAAUCCGUUAGGAGGAGAGUGCAGCAGAAUUGCUCUGCAAGUGACAACGCGGAGCGCUUGUUUAUUGAGUCCGUUGGUGCCCACAAUUACGCCCUGCGUGCGAGUUGGUCUUCUUUUGUUACGCAGACGACAACAGAGGAAUUCUACAGGUGGUUGCACGUCGCUCUUGCCUCUCUCAUUAAGGAUGAGAUUCACCUAUUGGUGCGGGCCGCGCCGUCAAAGGGGUAUGCAUCAAUGGAACAAGCUCAUUUAAGAAGCAACAGCUCCGUCUCUUCGGAACAAACUGACCAAACUUACAUCUUGAGGAGGCAGCAAGCAAGAGACAUAAGGAAAGCGAUAGGCACAAAGGAUUUGCUAAAGUACGUCUCGGCUGAACAGUUCGCUGGGGUGUGCACUCUAGAAGAAAUUAAACAGAAUCUCACCCCCGAGGCUAUCAAAAAGAAACUGCCGCCAAUAUUACCAGCUUUGGUGCGUGAGUCGGUGAGGACUUUACUGAUUGGUGAUUACCACGGCCGUCAUGCAUCCAUUAAAUAA